AUGGCCCGGCAGGUGCUGAGCCGGUUCGUCGACUCAUUCAAUGAAGGCGCCAGGUUCACGUGCGAAAAGCUGGCGGCGGCUGCGGGAGCCGAGGUUGACGUGUACGGCCCCCUGUUCCAUGCGGCCUUGCGGACCUUCACCUCGACCAUCGUCGGCAUCCAGCUGGACGAGUUAGAGCCAGACCGGCUCAAACAGGCCGAGAUCGCGGACGAGGUGAAAGACGGCCUGCAGACCAUACAGAAGAGAAUUUUCCGUCCCUGGAUGCAAAUGGAAUGGGUCGUUUCAAUGACGCCGGAAGGUCGUGCUUUCAGAAGACAAAUUGGUCUGAUAAAUGGAUUAGUGGGACAGAUAAUAAAUAUGGCGAAGAAGAAAAGAAAUGGGACGAUGCUGUACAAGAGGAGUUCUCUGAUGGACGUCCUGUUGGAUCGUCGAAGAGACAUGGAGAUAUCAGAAGGAGAGGUUCAUGAAGAGGUGUGCACGUUUGCAUUGGCGAGCACAGAAACGACGGCAGCGGCAACCGGUUUCACGCUGUCUCUGCUGGCCUUGCACCCGGUGUGGCAGGACGCGGUGCACCGGGAACUGGACGAGGUCUUCGGCACAGGAGAAGGCCGCUUCAGGUCGUCCACUGCAGUAGACAUCGCCCGUCUCGCCGUGCUGGACUGCGUCGUAAAGGAGACGCUGCGGCUGUUCCCCAUAGUGCCGAACCUGCCGCACCUGGUGUCUGAGGACACGCCGCUGGACGGCGGCCGCUGCGUGGCGCCGCGGGGCGCGUGCGUGCUCGUCGCGCUCAGCCUGCUGCACCGACAGCCGGACUCGUUUCCCGAGCCGGACCGGUUCGACCCCGGGCGCUUCCUCAAGGGCGGCAGCAGCGCUGCCAGGCACCCGUACAGCUACCUGCCGUUCGGCACCGGCUCCCGCAAGUGCGUGGGCGGGAGGUUCGCGCUGCUGCAGAUGAAGACGCUGCUGGCGGCCGUGUUGCGGCGCUUCCACGUGCUGCCCGGCUCCAGCAGACAGCAGCUGGAAGAGGUGGCGCUCUCCAUCACGGGGCAGCCCGUCUCGGGGCUCAGGGUCGCCUUUGUGCCUCGGCACACCCCGUCGCCCGCCGCGGCACGUUCGUGAAGCACUGCGGACAGCAUUAAAUAACGUCAACGUCAGGGCGCAUUCAGUAUGGGAAACUAUUCACACGAUGUGCUUGUUUCUGUGACGAGGACCGUCGCUUCACAUGUUUUCAGUGUUUUCAGCAAUGCGCGUACGUACAAGUACGCAAUAUUUCCAGAAUGAGAUUUUCACUCUGCGGUGGAGUGUGCGCUGAUAUGAAGCUUCCUGGCAGAUUGGAUACGUGUGACGGACCGAGA